GCCAUAACAGAAAAUAACCCACAUGUUGCCUCUCUGUUUUUGUUCUGUCACACGAUCAGCUGAUCAACUAUGGAGACUUCAAUCCUGAACGCGGCACACGAAAGACAGAGAAGAGCAGAGGCACUGUUACAUGAAGGACGUUUCGAAGAAGCAGCCAAGUGUCACGAAACAGUAGCUAGUCUGUUGGGAGAAGCACAUGCACAACUUGAAUCUGGUUUUGUUCAUUUAAAGACUUCUAAUUUAUCUAGUCAAACUCCUCCAGCUGUGAUUACUUCUUUUCAUUCGCUGAUUACUUUAGAAUCUCUUGCUCUUCAGCGUGAUUAUCAUAAAAGACAAGCUGCUGUAGUUAGAAUGAAACAAGCACAAUAUGAAGAAUAUAAAGCUACUUUGGAAAAUCAAAAAAGAGAAAUUCUUUGCAAGCAAGCACCGAAGCAGCUAGAAAAGGAUACCGGUGAACUGACAUCCGAUAAGUUUGAUGGAUCCUUACGACAAGCUAUAUACAGGACGAUAGAAGAGCAAGACAGCCUGUUGACUUUAAUUUCAUUACCAAAUAACGAGGAUAAAGGUUUUAAACAUCCAAAAGAUACAGGCACUGUUAUUGAAGAGCUUAAAACCGUUAAUUGUCAAUUACGUUGCCUUGUUGGUAGCUUGUUAAGUCAAUUGGAAACUAAAGAGGCGGAGGUGCGUCAGUUAACUGAACAGCUUCGUGCAGCAUCCGUUAAUCCUAAUGACGAAACUAGAUUAGACAAUGCGCAUUCGUUGCGACUUGCACCUUUGCCACCUUUAACUCCCCUUGAGAUGCCUCUGUUUGACUUUACGUCGACGUAGAACAUUUCAGAACACGCGUUCCAAUUAUUCAUGUUACAGGACAUAAAUAUUAUACAUAAAAUUGAAGGAUCCAAGUUUGUAACAGUACAAAAGUUAAUGUAAAAAAUUGUUGUAGUAUUUAGCUUCUUGCUAAAUAUGAUUUCAAAGUUCAAGUAUAUUACAAUCAACAUUUUGUAUCAUAUAAAAGGAAAAAAAAAUAUGUUCUAGCAUAUGUAACCCUGACACGUGUUAGCACUUAUUUUUACCGAUUCAUUCGAAGGGAUCAAAAUACAUAUCAACAUAAGUGAAUACAUAAAUCAAGCGAAUGAAUUGUAAAUUAAGAUACUGCCAUUCAUGUGUUUGUAGGCAGAGGUAAAUAGGGAUACCUCUAUUGUAGAAUUAUACAGUGGCGGUAAAAACCUGUACAUAACUGUUGUUAAUUGUAACUGCGGUACAAUUGUGUGUUAAUUCGUUUAGACGUAAUUAUUAGGUACAUAAAAUGCGUGUAACAAUUUUUAUUACAUAUUGUGUUCUGUUGUACAAUAAACAUCUAUUGAACAAAUAA